AUGGAGCAAUCUCAGUAUAACUGGUUUUUCAUGAGAAGCAGACAUAUUCUGAAGUCCACCCAUUUUCAAGCUUUAGCAGAUUCAUGGGAAGAGAAAGCUUUUGCAGAAGAUGCAGCAGCUGCCAGGUCUACGGGCGGGUGUAUAUGGCCGCCGAGAUCUUAUUCCUGCAGUUUUUGCAGGAGAGAGUUCAGGUCAGCUCAAGCCCUAGGUGGUCACAUGAAUGUCCACAGAAGAGACCGAGCUAAGCUUAAACAAUCACUCACUGCCAACAACAUGAAUAAUCCAUUGAAUAAUGAUUCAUUGGAACCACCUCAAACUACUCUUUCUCCGUCUAGGGUUUCUGCAACUGAUCAUAAUCAUCAUCAUCAUCCUCUAGGGUUUCAGCUAAUCUGUCCAGUAGUUGGUAAUGAUUCCCCAUCUGGGUCAGAUUCUGGGGCAAAAGGGUCUACCCAAAACAUCUCAGAUUCAUCAAUGGAAAAUACUCCAAGUGAUCAUAACCAAACAGAUUCUAUUCACAUCAUGGGUUAUAGUACUCGUGUUGAGACUGAUCUUUCCAUGGGGCUGAAUUCUGUGUUUGGUCAAAAUCCAGCAACUGGGUCUUGUUAUGGUGAUGAUGAUGGAGCUGAUCAUAUGACGAUGAUGAUCGGCUGCAAAAGGCAUAAGAGUAUGAGUACUAGUACAAGAUCUGUGUCGCCAUUGUUGAAAAUUUCAGAUGAGAAGCUGUGCAGUUUGCUGAAGAUGGAUGUUUAUGGAGGAGGGAAAGGUAACGCCAUGAAUGAGUUGGAUCUGGAGCUGAGGCUUGGCGGUGCAGUACCAAAAGUUAAGUAG